ACUUCCCGUCCAGCAAGAGGCGGUAAAGUAUUGUUCGCCGCCAUCUUGGACGAGCAGGAGGCGGAGAAGAAGAAGUUGUUGCGCGUGCUGCUGCUAGCUUGACCGUUCAACAACACGAGAGGGAAUUUGGGGAUUUUGCCGACUGCGUUUGAAACGAGGGAUUUCCUGUUUUCUCGUUUCCGUCAGGAGUAAAUACGUUAUUUUACCCUCCCGUCUGUAGGCUGGAUGGCUUUCUGUUGGUUGCUGAUCCUCCUCCUCCUCACCUGCUCCUCCACCCACGCUGACUUCUUCACCUCUGUCGGUCACAUGACUGACCUGCUGUUCACAGAGAAGGACCUGGUCACCUCCCUGAAGGACUACAUCAGAGCAGAGGAGAGCAAACUGGAACAGAUUAAAAAGUUCAGCUUGUGUUGCCAGACGACCCUGCGCUGCCUCUGUUGUGUGCUUACACGGCUGUGCGUGUGUGUGUGUGUGUGUGUGUGCGCGUCCAGAUGGGCGGACAAACUGGACGUCCUCGCUGCGGUGGCUACCAAGGACCCCGAGGGUUUCCUGGGACAUCCGGUGAAUGCCUUCAAACUGAUUAAAAGGCUGAACACAGAGUGGGGGGAGCUGGAGAACCUGGUGCUCACUGACAUGUCUGAUGCGUUCAUCUCUAACCUCACCAUCCAGAGGCAAUACUUUCCCAGCGACGACGACCAGACUGGUGCCGCCAAAGCUCUGAUGAGGCUGCUGGACACCUACCAGCUGGACACCAACACCAUGUCAACCGGAGAGCUGCCAGGCUCGACCUUGGCCGCCUCACAUCGGAGUGUGCUGACUGUGGACGACUGCUUUGACCUGGGCAAGGUGGCGUACUCAGAGGCAGACUACUACCACACGGAGCUGUGGAUGGUCCAGGCCCUGAAGCAGCUGGAUCAGGGAGAGACCUCCAUCACGGUGGACACCGUCACCAUCCUGGACUACCUGAGCUACUCCGUCUACCAGCAGGGGGAGCUGGAGAGAGCGCUGGAUUUCACUAAGAGGCUGCUGGUGCUCGACCCAACACACCAGCGAGCCAAUGGGAACCUUAAGUACUUUGAGUAUCAGCUGGCUAAGCAGAUUAAGGUGAAGGAGGGGGUGGAGCCUGAGGAGCGACACAGGAAGGAUCGAGCCGACGAUUACCUGCCAGAGAGGAAGAAGUACGAACGGCUGUGUCGCGGCGAAGGUCUCAAGAUGACUCCUCGCAGGCAGAGCCGCCUCUUCUGCCGUUACUACGACAACAAUCGUCACCCAAAGUACGUGAUCGGUCCUGUGAAGGAGGAAGACGAGUGGGACCGCCCUCGCAUUGUCCGGUACUACAACAUCGUGUCUGAUAGGGAGAUGGAGAAGGUCAAAGAGCUGGCCAAACCCAGGCUCAAACGUGCCACGGUGCAUGACCCCCAGACAGGCAAACUGACCACGGCCCAUUACAGAGUGUCCAAGAGUGCCUGGCUCGGAGCCUUUGAACACCCAGUGGUGGACAAGAUCAACCAGAGGAUCGAGGACAUCACCGGCCUGGACAUCACCACUGCCGAGGACCUGCAGGUGGCUAACUACGGCGUCGGGGGACAGUACGAACCUCACUUUGACUUUGGCCGGAAAGAUGAACCAGAUGCCUUUGAAGAGCUGGGGACAGGAAACAGAAUCGCCACCUGGCUGCUUUACAUGAGCGACGUACAGGCAGGGGGCGCCACAGUCUUCACUGACAUAGGAGCUGCUGUCUGGCCCAAAAAGGGGACGGCGGUCUUCUGGUACAACCUGUACCCCAGCGGGGAAGGAGACUAUCGGACCAGACACGCUGCCUGUCCUGUCCUGGUCGGCAACAAGUGGGUGUCCAAUAAAUGGAUCCAUGAACGAGGGCAGGAGUUCAGGAGGCGCUGUGGCCUCCAGGAAAGUGACUGACAACCGACCUUCCUCCUGCUUCAUCUGAGACAUCCUCCUCUUCGACUCAGUCUCACUUCAGACUGCUGAGCCUGUGGCUGCACAUGUGAUCUGACACAUUUAUCUUUAUCUGUGUGUGUGAAUUCUUUUACCCAACACAACAUCAACCAUCCAUUAAUAAUUAUGUUAUUAACUGACAAAUGAAAGCUGCUUUUACCAUAUAAAGUGAGGGAUUGUUCCAAGGAGUUUAAGAAGCCCUUAAAUGGUGCAGAUAAUCUAUUCAGAAUACCUUAAUGUAUUGCACUACAUUGCAUUACAUUACAUUCAUGUAUCCAUUAACAAACCCUUCAGUUCACACCUUAAACAACUGCGUCCCUUUUUCGAGAGCAAGCGAAAGAGCAGCUGUAUUAUACUUCUUUUUACUUUUUAUUAAACCUUUAAUCCAUGCAGAAAAGCCCUUUAAAUAAUAAUUUCCCUAAUCCCAAGUCACAUUCGCAAUGCGUUUUCAAUGACUUUCACUUGUAACAGAGUAUUUUUACUGUGUGUUCUUAGUACUUUUACUGUAGUAAAGGAUCUGAAUGCUGGUCUCCUCAGGGUGAUUGACAGGUCACGUUCUGCUGCAGGUUCUUAUCACUUCACGUCCCCCUCCAACUGCUACGCCCCUCAUAUCCACCAAUACAGUGUGUGUGUGUGUGUGUGUGUGUUUUCAGCCUUGAGGUCAUUCACUCACAAACAGCAGAUAAACACUGGACACACACUUUGUGCCCUCUCACACGCGCUGCUUCACUGACCGUCGUAUUUUCCUCCUUUAAUCCUCUUUAAUUAGAGCAUUCGUCACCUGAACACUCCAUCGGUGCAGAUAUUUUUUAAAUCUCUCUAACAUGUAAAUGUUUAAACCGGUUUCUCUGUCUGUACUGUGCUACAGCCAGCAGCUGGUUAGCCUUGCUCAGCAUAAAGACUGUAAACAAAACCAUCUCACUUAUUAAUGUAUUUCUAUUAACGUGUUUGUUUAGUUCGACUUGAUAAAUUUGUUUAUAUAACUUAUUAAUUUUACAUUUGAUUCAUAAUUUUAUCUCCAUCACAAAGUAACAUCAAGCUGCUGCACGCAGUAAGCUAGUUGAGCUAAUGCUAAGUUUAAGCUAGGUAAUGCUAACCUGAUACCUGCCGUGGAGCUGGAUCACAUGUCCUGAACUGUGCAAUCAGAUCACAGACGUUGAACGGAGUAGCAAAUUACUGAAGUAAAAGUAGUAAUACCACAGUGUAAAAAUACUCUGUUAUAAGUCAAGGUCCUGCGUUGAAAAGGUUACUUUAGUAUAAUCAGGAAGUAUUUGCAGUAGAAUGUUUUUAAAGAGACCAUUUCAGAAAAACAUUAAUGAUGUUACUGAAGCUUUGACAUGUUCAUCACUUCAGUGUUGCAGUUCAUCCAUCACAGCUGGUUGAUUGAUUAUUCAUUCUCUAUCAGUAAUCUAAACUCGAUCAGAUGAAUGUAGUGAAGUAAAAGUACAGUAUUUUCCUCUGCGAUAUGGUGGAGUUGGAGUACAAGUGAGUGGUUACACUGCAGGAUCAGAUGGUGGCCCGGCUGUGUUAGGUCAGUGUAAAUCCAGUACUUGAUACUUCAAUACUUCAGCUGUCAAAUCGAGCCUGAAGCUUCAUGCUGCUGGUGCGGUGCAGGUUUUGAAACUGCGAUAUAAAAAGUCCAUCUGACCGCACUGAGCGAAGGCCGUGGAGUCGGCGAGGAGAGGAGGACUGAUGGCCGCGACUGCGUGAGUAUUGUUUUAAUAUCAACUCCCCUCACUGAGCUCACAUCUGUUUCAGCUGCUGCAGAAAACGUGUCUGCCUCAACUUGAUUUUAUGCAAAGAGAUGUUUGUGUGUGUGAGACCGAAGCGUUUGGUUCAAAGAAAUAAAUGUGAAGCUGUAAAAUAUGUUUGCUGUUGGAACAAAUAAAGUGUCUGUUACUGCUGCA